AUGCUAACCGGGGCUGUCUCUUGGUCCACUAGAUUUGGAUUCUGCGGACCGGGGGAGGAUCAUUGUGGAGCAGACUGUAUCGCGAACUGUGACUAUGAGUCGACUGCGAAAUGUAGUGCGACGAAGCCCUGUGCAGAGGGUUGUUGCUCCAAGUUUGGAAUCUGCGGAUACGGUCCUGAUUAUUGCAGCAAGGACAACUGUGUCUCGGGCUGCGGACAACCCUCCGAAAGCGACCCUGGAGACUGGGGAUCAGAAUUUGCCAACUCAACCACCUGCCCAUUGAAUGUGUGCUGCAGCAAAUACGGCUUCUGUGGAACGAAAGGGAAACUUCAGCGUGCUGUUGGCUAUUAUGAGAGUUCGGCAAAGCAGAGAUCUUGCAACGCCUUUCUGUCAGAGCAGAUCCCCAAGGGCAUCUAUACCCACCUCAACUAUGCCUUUGCAACUAUUGAUCCCAACACAUUCGAAAUUCUUCCACCGACAUCGUCGGACGCCAAUUUGAUGCAGAGAUUGACAUCACUGAAACAAAACGAUCGAGGAUUGCGUGUUAACAUAGCGAUCGGCGGAUGGAGCUUUAAUGACCCAGGCAUAACAAGCUCGAUCUUUACCGAGCUUGCUGCUUCAGAAGCUAACCAGAGGAAGUUCUUCAAGUCAUUAACUUCCUUUCUAGCUACUUAUGACUUCGAUGGCGUCGAUAUUGAUUGGGAGUAUCCUGUCGAUAGCGAUCGUGGCGGGAGGGAAGAAGACUAUAAGAACUUUCCUAAAUUCAUGGCUAACUUGAAGAGUGCAUUGAUGGGAACAGGCGGCCGUGACAGACUGAGUUUGACUCUUCCCACAUCAUACUGGUAUUUGAGACAUUUCGAUAUCAAGUCUCUGGCGAAGAGUGUGGACUAUUUCAAUUAUAUAUCAUAUGAUCUGCAUGGCACCUGGGACCGAGGAAAUAAAUGGACAGGUGAAUACCUCGAUGCGCAUACCAACCUUACCGAAAUCACAGACAGCUUGGACCUGCUUUGGCGGAACGAUAUCAGUCCCGAUAAAGUGGUUCUGGGAAUCGCCUUCUACUCUCGCGCAUUCACGGUUGCAGACACAAAUUGCAUGACUCCGGGAUGUCUUUUCGGAUCCGGUUCCACUCCAGGUCCCUGUAGCAGGCAGACUGGAAUCUUGAUGAACAGCGAAAUCGACGAUAUCAGGGCCAAGAACAGUCUUACACCAUCCCUGGACAAAGAUGCCGCUGUUCAGAUCCUCACGUGGGAUAACCAAUGGGCGUCAUAUGAUGAUGGGACCACUUUCAAGUUGCGGAUUGAUUUUGCGAAGAAAACAUGUCUUGGAGGUGUCAUGGUAUGGGCUGUGAGUCACGACACCAGUGAUGCGGCCUACUCCAGAGCCCUUGGGGGUCUCGCUCCCCUGACACAGCCUGUUGCAAACCAACGCAUAUCCGCCAAUUGGGUGACAAUCACAGUAGACGAGAGGAAAAGACAAUGCAAGUGGACUGCAUGCGGUCAGACCUACACAGGAGAUUAUGUGGCCAUCUCGCGUUCCGACCCGAAAUACAGGCAGGGUGAAUUGGUGUUGGAUUCGAUCGACUGUCCCAAGGGGUCUAGCCACACUCUCUGCUGUCCGAAGGAAGAUAUUCCUAAGUGUGGGUGGUAUACCCACAAGAACGGCAAUUGCAACUCCGAAUGUCCCUCGGGCUAUUUUGAGAUUGGAUCGCUUUCCUCAAAGGGUCUUUGCUAUAACGAUGGAUAUGAGGCGGCUUGUUGCGAAUCUGGCAAGGACUCCACCGCGCUUUACGAUACACUGCAAUGGUCCAAAGCCCCUAGCUGCGAUAGUGGUGAAUGUCCAGUCCUUGAUGAAAACAAAUCCGAGACGCUUGCACUCGCAACCUCAGGAAGCGGAGAUGACAAGAAGACUUGGGACGAUUGUGACUGGUACCAUUCGGUUGACAGCCCGCCAAAAGGGAAGUCCCAAGAUUACUGUGUCGACUCCUGUCCAUCGGACAUGCACGACUCUACAUGCAAGGGCGGUACUCGGGCCUUUUGCUGCUCUGACAAUUACUAUAUCACAAAGGUUCGAACGGAUCCGAUGGUUGGCCAAUUCAAGAAGGCCUUGAACAAUUACCUGACAAAUGGAACAUGCCCCAUGGGCAGCAGUAGUGGGUUGAGUCGCAGAGACAGUGCAUCCACAGACCUUGUAAAGAGAGAUACAAACACGUACGACAACUUCCAAUUGGUGAUUCCCAUUCUUUACUCGCUGCUCCAGACCAACCAGUACCUGCUUAAUAAGUCACAGCUAGUUGAGCAAAGCGAAUGGGAUGAAUGGGCCUUGAGGAAUUCGUUCAGCGGACUUUCUAUGAAAUCUCUGAGGCCGUACGCGGAGACUUCGAGUCUGUGGUCUGAUAUUGGGGGGGGGAGAUAUGUUGCAGAGAACAUCCUGUGUCGUCCCGAUGUCUGGAGCGACCUGGCACAACAAAAGUCUAUCCCAGCGUGUCAAGGAGAUCCUUGUGAUGAGGGGGCAGACCCCGAGCUUUGCCAGACUGCUGAGCUGGACGGCGAGACUGAUAGCGACGAUGACGAUGACGACGACGACGAAGACGAUCCUUUGGAGAAGAGAGAACUGGGGUACUCUCCUCUUCGGCCUCGAAGCCCUCUUGAAAAAAGAUCGGACCCCAAGACAUUCCGAGUCUGGUGCGCCGGUACUGGAAACUGGGUGGACGACUUGAAGAUCAAACCUGCCGCAUAUCCCAGCGCCGGAAAAUGGAAACCGGGGGAAAUCCAAUAUGAGGAGGCCCGGACGUACCAGAGCCGGCAAGACUGCGCGAACCCCUUGAUCGACCCAAUGCAAAAGCAAGGCAAUAAUUAUGAUACUGAGCACGUUCUGGAACUUCAGAUAAUCGGAAUGUUCUUUGAAUACGCGACCCAGGGAGAGCUAGCCUCGGGCAGCACGCCAUCAUUCCUCCCUAUCGAUUGUUCGUUCUUUCUCAACAAAGCCCAGGGGGAUCAGAACUUUUUGGAAGAAGAGGGAAUGGAUGAAAAGGAAGUACUCUACACAGGUGAGCCAAAGCCGAGGUCAGCCAAAGAUGGCAGAAAGGCCAGAUACCGAAUCAUGGCAGCACUUGGAACAACAACAAAUAAGAAAAACUUCUACCUGCUUGAGAAGGCUGUUAAUGGCAUGAAGGCACGGAUAUCUCGAAAUGUAGACCUGGUUGAGAGCACAAAAUGGAAAAAGUUCGUCGCGGACACUUCGAACCCGGGGAUCCCACUGAAAGAAAUCAAGGCAGCUAUUGCGGUUUGGCAUUAUCUCAACAAUCAACAGGUGAAGGACUCGUUUGUGGAGAUCGUAUCCAAUCUGCGCGGGAUCUGGACGGGUGUUGACAAACACUUCAACCAGCAAGUCCCGUUAUUCUUGCCUGCAUGGGAUGAAUGGUGGCAUGACUACAUUGACUACCAAGCAGACCGCACCUCUACCUGGGUCACGAAUGGGAUUGCUGCUAUGCGUAAGGUAUGGCAGGAUGAGAGCGACAACGACCCCGCCAAACUGAUUGUCCUAAGCGCCUUGGACGAAUUAGAAUCGGUUGCGGAUGAAAGUGUGCGUUACAGUCACUUUAUCUUCCCAUGA